AUGUGGGGGAGAAGAUCCAUAGCGGCGACAAGACGCGCUGGAGUCGCCAUUGCAGAGCGGCGAGCGCCUUUCUGCCCCUCCCCCUCCUUCCUCUCUUUUUCUUCUCGCUCCUCUCGUCGUCUAAACCCUCGACUAUUCUCAAUCCCUGCGCCCAGACUGAAUCUUGUCUUUUCUCGUUAUUGCUCCGCCGAGGCUCGCAUGAUGGCCUCCACCGACAGAGAUACCUUGCCUGACUUGGCCAAACCGACCAACUACCAUGUCUCGCUAUUCGACUUGCAGCUUGAGGGUGCGUGGGGGUACAAAGGUCUACUGAAGAUCGAUACCAAAAUUACUCGUACUACGAAGGAAAUUGUGUUGAAUGCCAAGGAUAUUGAGGUCCAGGCUGCCGAAGUACUGGGGAAAGAUGGCGCGCAGCUGGCAAAGACCUCUGACAUCACCUACGAUAAGGUAUCUGAACGGGUGUUUCUGAAGUUAUCGCAAGAAAUUGCACCCUCUGAUGUCGUCCUGUCCAUCAACUUCACCGGCACUAUGAACAACGCUAUGUCGGGCUUUUACCGAUCCAAGUACAAGCCCGUGGGGGAACCGGCUGCAGAUACCCCCAAGGAAGGUGAUUUUUACUACAUGUUGAGCACUCAGUUCGAGUCUUGCGACGCCCGGAGGGCUUUCCCUUGCUUUGAUGAGCCGAACCUCAAGGCUACCUUUGAUUUUGAGAUAGAAAUUCCCAAAGGCCAGACCGCGCUCAGCAAUAUGCCUAUUAAAUCUGAAAAGGAAGGAAGCCACUCUGGAUUGAAGUUCGUCGCGUUUGAGAAAACACCAGUGAUGAGCACUUACCUACUUGCAUGGGCAGUAGGUGAUUUUGAAUAUGUUGAGGCCAUGACAGAACGCAAAUACCAGGGCAAGAGCAUUCCUGUCCGCGUCUACACCACCCGGGGUCUCAAAGAACAGGCUCGAUUUGCGCUGGAAUGUGCCAAUCAGACAGUUGAUUACUUCUCUGAGAUCUUUGAAAUUGAGUACCCGCUUCCCAAGGCUGAUCUCUUGGCUGUGCAUGAGUUUGCUAUGGGAGCUAUGGAGAACUGGGGCUUGGUCACAUAUCGGACCACCGCAGUUCUUUUUGAUGAAGGAAAAUCAGACAACCGGUACAAGAACCGGAUUGCCUAUGUCGUCGCGCACGAACUGGCUCACCAAUGGUUCGGUAACCUUGUUACCAUGGACUGGUGGAAUGAGCUUUGGUUGAAUGAAGGGUUUGCAACCUGGGUUGGUUGGCUUGCCGUGGAUCACUUCCAUCCGGAUUGGAAUGUCUGGUCUCAGUUUGUUGCUGAGGGUGUGCAACAAGCAUUUCAUUUGGAUUCGCUACGAGCCUCCCAUCCUAUCGAGGUGCCUGUCCGAAACGCUCUCGAGGUGGACCAAAUCUUUGACCACAUCAGCUAUCUCAAAGGAAGCUCGGUCAUUCGCAUGCUGAGCAUUCACCUUGGUCGUGAGACAUUCCUCCGGGGUGUCGCUGAUUACCUUAAGUCCCACGCAUACGGAAACGCAACUACCAAUGACCUGUGGUCUGCCUUGAGCAAGGCCUCCGGUCAAGAUGUGCACGGCUUCAUGGACCCUUGGAUUCGCAAGAUUGGCUUCCCAGUCGUUACUGUGGCCGAGGAACCCGGUCAAAUUAGCGUUCGCCAAACUCGAUUCUUGUCCACCGGAGAUGCGAAGCCUGAAGAGGAUGAGACCACUUGGUGGAUUCCUCUAGGAAUCAAGUCCGGUGAAAACAUGGCCACAUUGGAUACUCGUGCUCUUGCCCAGAAAUCCGACAAUGUGCCAGGCAUCGGAGAGGAUGGUUUCUACAAGAUUAAUAAGGAUUUGGCUGGUUUCUACCGGACAAAUUACCCCCCUGCUCGUCUAGAGAAGCUUGGCCAGUCCCUUGAGCUUCUGAGCACCGAAGAUAAGAUCGGGUUGCUGGGAGAUGCCGCUGCUCUUGCAAUCUCCGGCGAGGGCAACACGCCAGCCUUGCUGGCUCUCCUAGAGGGAUUCAAGGGAGAGCAAAACUACCUUGUCUGGUCGCAGGUAUCUUCAUCGCUAGCAAACCUCCGCUCUGUUUUCUCCCAGAACGAAGCUGUGGCCGAAGGAUUGAAGAAAUUCACCAAGACUUUGGCCGCUCCGGCUGCCGAGAAACUUGGCUGGGAAUUUCGGUCUAAUGAGGACUAUCUCACCAUUCAACUCCGCAAGUUGCUUAUCGCUAUGGCUGGUAAUGCUGGCGAAGAGGGUAUCAUCGCUGAGUCUAAGAGGCGAUUCGAUCUGUGGGCCACGGGCAAAGAUACGAGUGCGGUGCACACCAAUCUUCGGUCAGUGAUUUUCAGCCUUAAUGUGUCAGAGGGCGGCCGGAAGGAAUACGAUGCUGUCAAGGAGGAAUAUCUGCGCACAGAUUCUGUUGAUGGUAAGGAGAUUUGUCUGGCUGCUAUGGGACGUACAAAGGAGCCAGCUCUUGUGCAGGACUACCUGGACUUCGUUUUCUCCGACAAGGUGGCUAUCCAGGACAUGCACAGUGGUGCAGUAUCUCUGGCUGCCAACUCCAAGGUCCGACACUUGCUAUGGGAGUACAUCAAAUCGCACUGGACCUCGGUGGAGGGCCGACUGUCCUCCAACAAUGUAGUCUUUGAGCGGUUCAUCCGCAUGGGUCUGUCCAAGUUUGCUGACCACCAGAUUGGUGAUGAUAUUGCCAAUUUCUUCCAGAGUAAAAACACUGGUUCCUAUGAGCGUGCCCUUGUUAUUAUCUCUGAUAACAUUCGUACCAACGCCUCUUACAAGGAACGGGAUCAGGCGCUGGCUCUUGAGUGGCUGCGGGCUCAUGGUUUCGCAUGA